AUGGAGCCAGUACUAGAAGUAAAAAUUGGCUGCCUCUUUGCCAUGCUGGUUGUCACGCUGGUCUGUGGCCUUAUUCCCAUCUGCUUCAGAUGUUUCCAGAUUGAGACAUUCAGAGGUCACCUCCCGCGGGGCCUCAGCCUCCUGGGCUGCGUUUCUGCCGGUAUUUUCCUGGGAGCAGGUUUCAUGCACAUGACUGUUGAAGCCCUGGAGAAUAUUGAAUUCGAGAUCCGACAGAUCCGAGUGAAGAACAGGACAGAGAGUGGGGGAAAUUCUUCUGGAGAUGCUGAUUCAGCUUCUAAGGAAUAUUCCUAUGGAGGGCUCAUCGUCUCCCUGGGCUUCUUCUUUGUCUUCUCUUUGGAGUCGCUGGCAUUGCAGUGCUGUCCUGAAACCAUUGGAAAACCAAAAGUGCAGGAGGAGGAAGUGAGUGAGACUCACAUCCAUGGAUUCCACAGCCACGCACCCUCACCCUCGCGGGAGCCCUUUCGAGCCCUCGUUCUCCUGCUCUCACUCUCCUUUCACUCGGUGUUUGAAGGUCUGGCUGUGGGGCUGCAGACAACCGUAGCAUCUACUGUGCAGCUCUGUCUUGCUGUCCUGGCUCACAAGGGGCCUGUGGUGUUUAGUGUAGGACUGCGGCUGGUGCAGAUAGGCACUGCACCACGAUGGGCCAUGUUCUGCAUACUGUCAUUUGCUCUCAUGUCCCCCCUGGGCAUAGCCUUGGGGCUGGCUGUGCCUAGCGGGGACUCAGAAGGGGGACACGGCUUAGCCCAGGCUGUGUUAGAGGGUGUUGCAGCUGGUACCUUCCUGUAUGUCACCUUCCUAGAAAUUCUGCCCAGGGAGCUGGCUGCUCCGGAGGCCCCUCUGCUCAAGUGGGCCUGUGUAACCGUUGGUUUUGCCUUCAUGGCCUUAAUUGCCUUGUGGGCCUGA